UUCGCUUUCAGGAAUUUCUAGUGCCAUCAUCUGCGAUGGGCUGGACAGGCAGACUGUGGUGAUCUCCAGAACUGCUGACAGUAUAAAGACGACCGAAACUAAAGAUGGCAUCCGGAAGGAUUCGCUCCACGCGCCGUCUGCGCUCCUGGAUAGUAGAACAGGUGAACAGUGGGAAGUAUCACGGCCUGGUGUGGGACAACACUGAUAAAACUAUGUUUCGUAUCCCAUGGAAACAUGCAGGAAAACAAGAUUUCCGAAGUGAGGAAGAUGCAGCUAUUUUCAAGGCAUGGGCGGAGUUUAAAGGGAAGCUUUUGGAGAAUGGAAAUGACCCUGCAUCCUGGAAAACUCGCCUUCGCUGUGCCCUCAACAAAAGUCCAGAGUUUAGUGAGGUCGUUGAAAGAUCACAGCUGGACAUCUCAGAACCCUACAAAGUGUACCGCCUCGUACCACUAGAAGAACAAGGAGGGGUGAAAGUAAAAAAAGAGAAUGGACAGAAAGCAGCGAGAAGCAUCAGGAGGAGACACAGCGAAUCUGAGCAUGAUCAGGAGGUCGAAUGCAAAAAGAUCAAAAAGGAGGUUGUUGUGUUCCAGCCCAUCAACAUGAGCGCACAGGAAACUGUACCACAUACAGGAAGUGAGAUCGGGAUGCAGACAAUCCUCUUAAAGAGUGACAGUGCUGAAGAUAUCCAGCUAAACUUUACAAUCGAAACAGUGCCUUUGUCUGAAGAAAGGAGGGUGCUGAACACUUUUCACAUAACCGUGCACUACGUUGGUCAGGAGGUUCUGCGGCGAGAAGUUAGGAGUGAUGAUGUUCGGAUUGCUUACCUACCUCCGUCACCUGUCCCUCCGUCUCCACCGUCUCUGAGCGGCCCUUGCUUCCAUCGAAUCCCUCUCCCAGAGCCCCCAUUAGACCUGGUUGAUGACCCCAUCCUUGCUCCACGUUUGAAUGAUCUUAAAAAAUUACUGCCCUUCAUGGAGCGGGGAGUUGUGCUGACCUUGACAGGAGGAGGCAUCUAUGCCAAGCGUUUUUGUCAGGGGCGGGUGUUCUGGAGAGGACCGCACAACACCACCACAGGACCCUGUAAAAUGGAGAGGGCAGGCGAGCUUACCCAGCUGUUCAACAUGGAUACAUUCAAACAGGAGUUGGAUGCUUUCCGCAAUGGAGGAAAAGAACCUCAAAGUGAGAUCAUGCUGUGUUUCGGAGAAGAACUGUAUGAUGGAGACAACAUCUCUGAUAAACACAUCAUCAUUAAGAUCUCUCUACCAUGGGUUGAGUUGCAGAUAGAAGAGGUCAAGACCCUAAGAGACCCUAUUGCAAUUCUCAAAUGUUUGGCCAGCCAGUCUCCUACAGGGGAAGUGACUCUGAACCUUUGUUGAAGUAUUGGAGUAACAAACCUCUAAGAUAUCACUCACAGCAUUCUAAACAUUAAGGAUCAAAAUGAAGAGGAAAAUGGCUUAAGACAACUAGUAGAAACACAUUACUGUUAGUGGAAAUGCUGCAGUUAUUAGUUGCUUAAAUAUAUAUAGCAGUUAAAUAUUUAUAAGUAAUACCUUUGUAUUACUGCAUUGUAGACAUCUUUAGUCAAUAGGCAUGUCGGCCAAAAGCUGAAUACCUUGGUCCAAAGCAGGCCAACUGGGGUUUGAAGAGUGGUCUUGAACAACAGCGUUUAGCAGAAGUUUACCAGAAUCAGGAGAUGGUCGACACUGCUGUUCAUUUCCCAUGUUGUCAUACCAGGCUACCAGUUCAUUUCAAGACAUUUUAAACACUUUUCAGCUUUUUAGGCACCAAGGAUUGUUUGAAAUAACUUACGAUAACGCUAAUGUAUCAUUGUAUUUGUCACUUUAUAUCAAUCAAUGGCAAUAAAUGUUGUUGUCACUUGCCUUGUCUCAAUCGUAAAGGCAUAAACUGAAAGCUUUUUUUAGAUUUUAUCGACUAAGCAGUAUGAGGCUACUUGUUUUAGCUCAUGCCAACUUUAGUCAUCAAUAGCUAUACAAAAACAUUGAAUCAUGCAAGUAUCAGGGGUGUCAUGCAUCUUUUUUAGUGAUCCAGUCAAGCACCCUCUUUAUACUUAUUUUUCUUCACCAUCAUCUUCCCCUAAAAGUGUGUGGGCAUUAUAACAAGGCAAUUAAUGUGUUGGAAAUAUUGAGAAUUUAUUUAUUUUUUUUCCCCCUGAAUCCCUGAGUCAACGACCUACCAAAGGCUUUACAUUUUUUUCUCCAUUUUGAUACAAAAAAAUAAAAUAAAAAAUUGUACUCA